AUGGUCCAACAAAGAAUUCGUUGGAAACCAACACGUGACGCAUCACCACAUGUUCUGAUACGCAGCCAGCGUCUGCGACUUGCAGGAAAAAUUCCGCCCGGCCAUCCACGCAUUUCCCAAGGUGGUAGCAACAACGCAGAAAUUACUCAAAGCCAGCUUGGGGAGACAUGUCCAGAGUUGAAGCUGGAUGCACCGGGUGGUAUCAAAACAGUCUGCCACUUGGACAAAACACUCUUCUCCAUGAUCACACCAGAGGUUCAACAGUCGCUGGACUCGCUCAAGGCUGAGGGUCCCUUGUCAUGCAUCCUAGUCGGCAUUGAAAGCCACAUCUGCAUAACACAGACGACCAUUGAUCUGCUCAAUGCUGGCCACAAAGUCUACGUCCUCGCAGAUGGAGUGAGUAGCUGCAACAAGGAAGAAGUACCCAUCGCCCUGGCACGGCUGAGGCAUGCGGGCGCCAUUAUCACCACCAGCGAGAGUUUCAUCUACGAACUCGUCGGCGAUGCAGGAACUGCCGAGUUCAAAGAAAUCAUCAAGGUCAUCAAAGAGACCAGUGCAAGCACCAAAGAAACAAUGCAGACCCUCUGUAAGAUCUAA